UCGUCGUCGGUCGUCUAAAAGAAUUUUAGUUGGUGAUUCCUAAAAGACGGGACGGAUCGUUCGCUGGAGGAACACCGUCGUCGUCGUCCAUCGAGGAUUGCCGUUAAGAUCGUCCUCGUCGUGUCGUCGUCGUCCUCGUCCUCGUCCUCGUCCUCGUCGUCGCCGUUUGUUCGUCGCGCGACCAGCGAACAAAAUUACUGGUUCGAUUCCUUCAUCGACGCGACGUGCGCUCGAAUAAAAUAAACGGAAAGAUAGAGGAUAACAAUAUCGCUGUCCUCUUACCGCGGCCCGGCUCCGUUGGGUAAAAUCAUGCAGAACUAUGGACACGAAGAUUACGAUUACGGGACGACCGAUGGAGGAUCGCAACAGGGUACCGGUAGGUCGUUGCCCCAGGUGCCAGGUGCGAGGCCCAUGGUAGAUCCUCAAGCAAGCGGCGAGGUCGAUCCUAGCUUGUAUCCUCAGCCGAAGGAGGCAACGAACAAGAUACGUGGCAAGAGCGACGUGAUCGAGUACUUGUUCGGAUCCGUGGACCAAGAACUACUCACGGUCAAGACCUUUUAUUUUUUCUUUUAUUCGGCAUUUGGCUCCCUGUUCCCUCUGAUGGGCGUCUACUUCAAGCAGAUGGGCAUGAACGCAGGUCAAUGCGGUUUUUUGAUCGGACUGAGACCUCUGAUCGAGUUCCUCAGUGCGCCCUUUUGGGGUUCCUUGGCUGAUAGAUGGCAGAAAGGCAAACUGAUUCUUUUAGCUUCGCUUUUCUGCUGGAUCAUCUUCACCCUUCCUUUGGGUUUCAUUCAACCACCAGCUACGUCUUGCUUGGUUUUGCGUAAUAAUACCGUGUACCUGAAGGCAUCCUCUCCCGAAGAAUGGAUCGUAAAGAGAUCGGUAAAUCUCGCUGAAUUCUAUCGUCGUUCCGACGACGACGACGACGACGACGACGACGAUGCCGCCGCCGCCGCGACCGCCGCGACCGCCGCGACCGCCGCGACCGCCGCCGCCAAGCGUUUGGAAGCGAGUGGUAACGCCGCGAUCGAGAGGUUACGGAAGAACGAUGACGCGGCUCUCGAGCCAGCAACGAGGCUGAUGCGUUCGCGACGAAAGAUCCAAGAUGCGUUCUCCGGUAAGAGGGUACCAAGGGAGGCGGUUAGUACCGAGGACAGUCCUGUCGAGGACCUCAAGUACAAGCAGCUCGUGUUCGAGGAUAACGCAAAUAACCCCGAAGCAAAGACCGUCGAUUUCGAGACUCUGCAAAGAAGAAACCGACCAGCCGAUAUCCUCGAGUACAAGCGUUUCCUUAACAACCAACCUUUGGACGAUGAAAGGCCACCGAAGAAGGCAUACGCGCAUACGAAACCCCGAGUGAAACCGCCGCCGACAAAGAUUAUGGUAAAACGCGAGCUGAAUGGAAGAGACAAGCAAGAAGAAGAGGAAGAAGAAGAAGAAGAAGAAAACGAUAACGAGGAAUCCCUAUCCCUGUCCCUGUUGGGUAAACGGCGCCGGUUAUCGAUCAACGGUGUUCGUAAACUAACGCUCAUGGAGGACCAAGAAAAGAACGAGCAACGAGAACGAGAGUCGAAGAAAGAUGAGACGGAAGCGGUAGGAGAACAAUAUAUAGAGGUACCGUUGCUCAGGACACGACGUUACGUUAGGGUGCCUCACUCUGGUCAGAGUCCUCACACGGUAUCUUACGCCGCGAACUACAACGAGCGAGAAAACAAGGAAUGGGUCAAGCCUCUGUUCAGCUCGAUCGUCUACAGACUGCCGGACAUUCAAAAAACCUUCUUCCUCCUGUUGCUAUUGGUGGUGGUAGGUGAGUUCUUCUCAGCGCCUGCGAUCACGUUGGCGGAUUCGGCUGUCAUCACUCUGUUGGGCGAAGAUGCGGAUAGGUACGGUCAUCAGCGAAUGUUUGGCAGUUUGGGCUGGGGCUUGGCUAUGUUUUUCGUUGGCAUCGCGUUGGAUCAUAGCACCGCGUUUACCAAUCAUCCCUGCGGUCCAGACGCAAGGGAAAAGAACUAUACGAUCUGUUUCGCGAUCUUCAGCGUCCUGAUGGGCGCCGCGCUAAUCACGGCCACGCAAAUCAACUUCAAGUACGACGUAAUCGCUUCGGAGCCGGAACCGAUCAAACCCCCGAGCGAACCGACCAGGGAGGAACAGUUGCAGAGUCAACUCUCUCAGCAGCUGAAUCUACCGAGUCUUCAAGAUUCCUCGGCCGCGGUGAAUCCGAAACCUCAGCCGCCGGAAGGCAAGACAAAAAUGUUUGCGCAAACGAUGCGAGAGAUCCCGGAAUGGGUGACCGUACUCAAGCAAUUCAAAGACGUAAAGUGCGCGUCUUUUCUCUUCGUGGCCUGGUUCAUGGGCUUCGGUAUCGGAUUGAUCUUUACCUUCUUGUUCUGGCAUCUACAGGAUUACGGUGGCACUCCUACUCUCUUUGGUGUUGCUUCCGUGAUUAAUCACAUCUCGGAAAUAUUCGCAUACUUCUUUAGCUUCAAACUGAUCCGUCAAAUCGGCCACGUAAAGGUAUUGUGCAUGGGAUUAGGUGGCAACAUUUUUCGUUUUCUCUAUAUAUCCUGGUUGACCACGCCAUGGUGGGUGUUACCUUUCGAAUUCAUUCAAGGGAUAACUCACGCCGCUGUUUGGGCUGCCUGUUGCAGCUACAUAGCUCAUAAUACACCUCCGCAGUUACGCACCAGUGCCCAAGGUGUUCUUCAAGGUGUCCACCACGGUUUAGGCAGGGGAUGCGGUGCUGUGAUCGGUGGUAUGUUCGUCGAUGCAUACGGAACGACAGCGACGUUCAGAGCCUAUGGUUUGCUCUGCAUCCUCGUUCUCGGUGGAUUCGUCUUCAUAAAUUUCUAUAGGAAGGACACAGGUUUUGUGUCGAAUCUGCCGCAAACCGAGGAUCCUCGUCAGGUAGCAGAGGCUACGCAUUUAGCACCGCACGGUGUGCCGAGCAACGCUAUACCUCGAGCACUCAGCUCCACCCGUCUGCACGAGUUGGCUAAUCAGGAAUCGGGAUACGGGGCUACUUAUCAAACCACGGCCGGUAACCUAGGUGUGCCCGGUGCGAAUGGAGGUCCCGUGAAUCCAACGAAUCCAUUUCUGAACGAUGGAACCGCCGCCGGAGGUGGAUACAAUUACGGUAUGACUGGCAAAGGCGAGGACGAGUAUAUCCGUAGGAGCUUCCAGCUUUACAAUGAAGCGGUUAGCCGGGAAUUCGAUCUGGUCAAGCCACCGCCGAUAGUAACCCAUCUUCAUGCUCAACAACCAUGCACCAAUCCUUUCCAUCAGCACGACUACGAGUGGUAACGGUCCCGUACCAUCGAUCCCGUUUCACCUGAUCAACGUGCUCACGGAAUACUACUGGUCGACAGCGGCUCGUUCUCCAAAGAACCAAUAAAUAACCAGAACGAGGACCAGCAGGUUCGGAGAGCUACGGCGACAAAUGUUUAUUCGCAGAGCCAACAGAUGAGCCGGAAGCUCUUUGGUGCCCUACCGAGCUGCCUCGUUCAUUGUACAUAUGUACAUUAAAACGACGAAACUGAUCGCAACCGAAAAUAUACCGUGAAAAUCUAUCCUCGUUAGUUUAUUAGGACAUUUUAAAGGUCGUGAUAAUACGAGAGAAUACCAAUCGAGAAUGCCUACCGCCAAAAUAUAUCAUAUUACUUUUUAUUUUUAUUUUAUUUUCAUUUUAAACAAUUCAUUAUACUUUUCAAUCGAUUCGGAAUUAGAUAUCCGAGAUUAUACAUAGAGCAGAGUACACAGCGUCGAAAAGGUCCAGUCGAUUCAUCCAAUUUCCUGCACGAUUCGGUUAAGACGAACCAGCCAAUUCCAAUAGUGUCUGUUCCUCGAAGCAUUCGACACGAUUGAAUCGUUCCAAACGGCGACUAGCAAACGAUGACGCGCAUUUCACGUUACAAAAGGCACACGUACUUAUGUAGGUACUGGUAUGUAUGUACCUACUUGGUUAGCAACGGGAUCGAUAAUGCUUGUCGGGGUACCAAGGAGCUUCAACGAAAUGGGAUUUACGUCAGCGUAACGGACGAAGCGAAGCGAAGCGAAGCGAAGCGAAGCGAAUCUCCAAGGUACGAAUCUCGAACAAUUAACAAAAGCACGCGCGAAACGAUCUAUGUACACACCGAAUCUGACGAAUUGGAAUAUUUCGAACGGUGUUGGCCUCGCGGUACAUAUGUACAUGAUCCUCCCUCCACGGUAAAAAUGAUCUGCUCGCAAACUUGAAUCAAAUUUCAUUCGAGCAUAGUAUAUAAGCAUAGUCUGUUGUUCGGUCGCGUUUAGAGAAAAGAACAGUGUGAAAGCUGCCGAUGCUGGUCAACCGAACGUUUCACAAUUUUUAUGCUGGCCCAGUACAUAAUUCCAAAGUCUUUUACCGAAUGGAUCAACAACAAAGUAUGCAAAAGUUUCACGAAACCCAGAACCGAGAUAGAAAGAGAUCGCGUGCUACGCAGGCUACUACUCCGUACAAAUGAAAAUACCAUUCUAUACAAAAUAACACCAUCUUUCGACACUUGAAUCUAUACAUUGUAGAUACAUACAUACAUAGUAUGUAUAUUCCUGACGCGCGUAGUACGACGCAACACGAUCUCCGGGCUCGCUAACGAAUAUGAAUCGACGAGAAAUUGUAGGAAAACGAUUUUAUUUAUGAUCGAUCGAGCCUUUCCGUAAACGCGUGAUUGUUGGAGAAGAAGGAUUGCCGACAAAAGUGUUUCUUAUCGUCCGAAUUGGAGAAACGUUGAAAUUCGAUACUCGAAUACUGCGUCCUCGAAUUGUGAACGCGCCUCGAUCUAAUAUUGUGUAUUUACAGAAGCGCAACCGUGUCCUUUGCUACUCGUUUCAUUCGGUCCUACUGAAUCCAGCAUCUUCCGGACAAAAGAACAAUUUUAAUUGGAUUGUCAAUGAAAGACACGAACAUCGCACCACCAACGGUCAUUGUAAAUAGUUUCCCCCCUUUCUCUCUAUCUCCCCCUAAUUCUCCUAUCUUGCUCUCCUCUCUCUCACGCACGCGCACGCGCACGCACGCGCGCGCGCGCACCCACACACACACCCACAUUUUCGUGUGAAUAUUAAAAACCCAAAACCCGUGUUUCUCGUUCGUUGUUGUUUUCUAUUUUUAGGCUGAAACGGUGCGUGCUGUGUCUGUAAAAUGCUUCACUUUUACUGUAAUCGAGUAGAGAGUAACUCCAAGUAAAUCAUACCGUUGUAUCGUUUAUCGUGUAAACAGAUACGUUAUCUCGUGGUAGGUGUACGAUAUUGUUAAAUAAUAGAAAUCGAUCAAGUGGGUCGGUGGUAAAGACGGAAACCAAGACCAGCAUCUUCGACGUUGAACAUUUUACGAGACAACUACAUACAUAUUAGAGAUGCACGUUUGCCUGAUCCGUAUGUUUGUCAACCGAGUGAGCAACGAUACGCGCAGUCCCCGCUUAAACUAUUUUUUCCUUCGUUCGAAGGAAUACGAACCGUAAUUAUUCGAAUCGAACACCUCGUAAAUCAUAAGGAUCGAAGAAAUUUUUUUGAAAGUUUCUUUGAAAGAGAUCGAUUCGGACAAGCGUGCAAACAGCUUCAUUUUUCUCGCGGUUACGUGUUUACGAAAGCAAGAUAAACGAAGCUGAUUCUCGUUUACCAUGGCACAAGCUAGAAAUAAUGUUGUAUCUAUAUACCUCGUCAUAGUUGAAGUUAAACUUAGCUCGUUAUUGUUACCGUAACCGUACAAAUAGUACCGAUUACAUUAUUAAUCCCAAAUCUCUACACGGGAAUGAACACGGGAUUACAUUCUGUGCUUGAUCACCCCUGGCAGCAGGUAUUACUUUUCGAGAACAUCAUCCACCGAGAUUUAAUAGAGUAUUGCUCCAAUAUAUGCAAACAUUCCGGACUGGAACACACACGAACACACACACACACACACACACACACAACAUUUAUCGAGUUAAAAACCAGUAUCCCGUUCGUAUCAGAUAAUAGCACCUAAUGCAAACUAAAAACUUAUAUGUUUCUUCUGUACUUCCACAAGAACAUUAUCGAUGGGUUGGCACAACUUUCCUUAUUAAAACAAGUCCAAACAUUGCCUUUGAUUGAACAUAUGUAUGUAGUUGACAGAGUUUCAAAAGUGAUUCGAUAAAACGUACAAUGAAAAAUAAUCCAAAUACAAUAACGUUUAAUCUGAUUUUAUUUGGCUAAACUUUAUCGAUAAUACUCUUGUGAAAACGGAAUGAGAAAAAGUUUUUAGUUUGCAUUAGUGACCGACGCAUGACUCGAUACGCAUGCCAGGCAGGCCCCGUUCGAGUCGGAAUAAUUCUUUUGUAUGCCUGUAGAAAUAAAACUGUUGCAUAUAGUCAGGCAUUCCUGUUAACUUAGACGUUAAACAAUUUACGUAACGAAUUAACGCGCGAACGAACCGUCGUAAUUAGCAUUUUCAAGCGCAGUUUCCAUCGGAUUUGUUAAAUAUCGAAUAAAGGAACGAAUAACGCUACCGAUCAACCUUUGUUGCCUUAUGAAAACCAUGCACACGCACGAUGAUGCAGAGGAACUGGAAACACGGUGUACUGCAAUAAAUGGUUAUAGGCUAAAGAAAGAACGUAUCAAAUUGCUUGCUCGUACCUUUGAAAAUUUUUUCAUUUACCAAUAUUCGAAAAAUUUCCAUGCGUUCAAUUUCUGGCCAAAUUUAUACAAGUUCUUGUUCGAAUGGAGCCAGUCGUCGUACGUAUGCCUUAAACUUUUAAAUAUUUUUACCGAGCCUGAUAUUAAAUCCGUUUAAUGAUAUCCGGUGAGAAAGCGUACUCGAAAUAAAUACAAUUAAACUAGCACUGAUAUUUCUUUUCCAUAUUCUUCAACGUGAUUCGCAAAUUGGACGUUCGACGUUCGACUUUCAACGCUCGACGAUUCUUGACCAAACUGCAGAACAACGUAUCGUUUCAUUGCGCACUAAAAAUUGCCAGUGUCCAGUAGCUGGUUCCAAGUGAACUUGAUCGGAUAACGCAAGCAACGCAAGCAACGCAAGCAACGCAAGCAACGCAAGCAACGCAAGCAACGCUUGGACAACGUUUACUACAAAGUCUUCCCUAACGUAUAGAUAGAUAUACAUAUACCAACGAUGAUCUAUUAUUUAAACAUUUUUUUGACAGAGCUGUUCGAAAACAAAACUACUUAUUCUCAGCGUUUUAUAGAACACGGUAGAAUCGAACGUACUUACAAUGUAACGGUUUAAAACGGUUAAACGAGAUUAAGAGCCGAAAUUUAGCGAAAACGAUCCAAGGCAAUAGACAGAGAAGGAAUUCUAUUUUAUCUCGGGAUUAAUUGUUCCAUGCGUGUUUUGUAGGGGUGUGCAGGCGGGCUGGCGGGCGGGCUGGCGGGCGGGCUGGCGGGCGGGCGGGGACGGGUAGCCUGAAAUUAAAGCACCAACGGCCAACAAAUCGGCCAACGAAUUGUAUGUAUGUAUCAGGAUUCCUCGAAAUCCGAAUUACAAUUUCAGACUAUCUGCGUACCCCUGAUGGUUAAUGGUUUUAAAAUAUUUUCGUUAAUAAAAGGAAGAGAAUACGCGCGCGCGCACAACAACACAAGUUCGGCAAACUUGAUACAUAUCACGUACGAAUUAAGAUUAUAAUAAAGUAAAUUGAAGAAAAAUUCAUAUAGCAUUUGGAGAAUAAAUUGCUUCGCACAUGGUUGCUUCGUUCAGUCUCGAGAAAAUAAAUUAUUUCAAGCGAUCAAGAUGCAAGAGCCCUCUGUCAUGGUGCUUUUCGAUCCAUUACACCGACGACUUUAAGUACUCGGCACACACUAAUCACAUGCGCACGCUCUACGUUUAGUACGAUUUUACAAGACUGAAAUAAUCGUAAUUCGAGAUAAAUUCAAUCGUCGAAAAUUACAUAUCGAGCAACGGAAUUGAAUCGAUCGGUGAAAAGGCUUAUCGAGGGAUUCGUGUGCGAAGCGCCAUAACGAUAACUGUACUAUAGGUAUAGCGACGUCGAUAGAUUAUCAAAGGAAUAAUAAUAUAUAGCAACGAUAUACAUACACUUAAGUAAUAUACAGGUAAAAAAAAAGAAAAAAAAAGAUAUCAUUUUUCUUAAAGUUUCUAAAUAUUCUUUCCUAUCGCAUCCUAACCGUAAACGCAACUUAUCGGUAUUCUUAUUCAUAAAUUGGUGUACAUACGAUUCACGGUUUACUUUUUUUUUAACCAGGGGCGACGAACCGUCGUGUAUUGGCUGGUACUGGAACGAACACCUCUGCGGCUAUCGGCGUAACAUUCUUAAUUCUUAUUCAAACAAAUAGAAACAAGCCCGUCUGUUUCCUUGAUUUGCGGCUCUGAUAAUCUAUUUACGUCCGCUACGGGGGCGCUUUUCGUUCCAGCGUCGACCGAUCGGUACCGCGAUAGGUAUAGCGUGACUAAAAUCGACCCCCGAUUAAUUACGAUACGGAAAGCGCAACCCCUUUUAAUAUUCAUUACAAAGUUUCGUGUAGAAUUAUCUCGAGAAACCGUUCACGUUCCUGCACGAUGAUAGGUCUCCUCCGAUCAUCGAUACAGGUACUUAGGUACAGUGUUAAAAUAAACAACGGUCGCGAUACAAACUUCACCGUUUGGUAAAUAAAGGUUUAUUAUUCGUUAUACUUUUGUUUAUCGAUUUUUUACUUAUUCUUUCGGACAUAGUUACAACUAGAGGCACUAGUCAAGCUUAAAUGCUAGCCGACUACCAAGUUCGUAUUAUACUCGAUGUUCUAAGACUAUGUUUCUCCGUGUAAAAUCGGAGACGAAAUCCAAGAUGAUGUUAAAUCGUAAUUUACUAAAGGCUAAUGUCAUAUCUUAAUCGUUUCGAGACUAAAACUAUCGUCGUACCGUAAGUAUGCUCUCACUCCCAAAUUUUCAUCACUGACCAUUAAGUGGUUUUGCUAAUCAGUACUGAUCGGUGUGUGUAAUGUGAUAGGGUACAUAGUAUAUAUGUAUAUGUAUAUGUAUAUGUAUAUGUAUAAAGUUUGUGUACGCGACACAGUUCUUAACACGUUCACUGUAGUACAAAACGUACAUACGUGCCCGAUAUUCUAAUAACAAGAUAUAUUGGUAACUUUUUUCUAUUCUUUGUAUACUGCACACGGUGUACUCUGCCAACUGAAAAGUUUCCGUUGUUAUUUGCCCGAACAAUCGGAUUAAAAAUUCUGCCAUCGAGUCUAAUUGAUCGUUGCUCCGUCAAAUAUAAAAGUCUUUUAAAGAAAAACCACUGCAGCGAACGUGUUAAAAUUAUGACAAGAUUACGGAAGAGUUCGAAAAAACAAUAAUCCUCAUAUCCUUGCUCUCUCUCUACACGAUAAAAACGCUAUAUUCUAAGAAUGUAAAAUAACAACUUUUCCUUAAAAUCGCUCUAUAUUAAUUGAAUCGCGUGAAAAAAGGAUAACACGCGUCUUUCGAUCGGUUACUUGUGUAUCGCGUCCGCUACGGACCAUUCUCUCGAUUCCUUCCUAUAUGUAUACACAGGCUCGUUCAUAAAUACAUGUCCGUACUUCAGGGAAUUAAUUCACAUGGAAGAAAAUGCUCGAUGUGUCUCGAAUACACGCUACUUGAAAAGUACUCACAAAUCUUUGCCAUUGCUCGCUUCUGUCGCGUACGCGAUACAUUUCAAAUGGUCCCACAAGUAACAAUCUAAUGGUACACCAUCGUUUUAACGCUUUUAGAAUCGUAUCGAAUUUCUUUCGAUUCAGAUAUUGGCUGCGAAUUUCGAUUAUUAACAAAUUUUACCA